AUGCCUUCCACUCGCUCAAAAGGAAAAAAAUCUAAGACUUCGAAAACCAAACCUUCAUCCGUCGCACCCAAGAAUAAGACUUCUCAGGUUACCUCUUGUAAACGCAAAAGAACGGCCACUUCGAGCCGGAAAUCCGGCACCGGAGAUUCACAUGACAAGGAAGAUUCACAGGCAGAUGAAGAUCAACCUAUUGAUAAAAACACUACUGAGACUGAGGACCCAUCCCCCACCCAAACUAACGCUAAAAAAUCGAAUCGUGUCUUUCAAUCACAAUUCCCCGGUUUAGAAUUUGAUACAUUCGAACAAGAACUUGACAAUUGGUCACUUGUCAAGCUUCAGGAAGCAUUACAGAAACAAGAGUCUCGACGUACUAAAGUACACAAGGAGGUUCGGGAUCUUGUGGAAAUCAUGCGAAUGGAAUUUGAAAAACGUAUGCUCAUGAUUGCUCUGAUGGCCGGAGUACCGGAAGUUGUCAUAUGGAAAUUAGUAGGGUUAGGGUCGAAAACCGUGAAGGCAAACCCCUGGAUACGUUUCUUGAGUUUUUGUUUGAAAUGCUUGGGUACUAAAAUGCCCGAACGCAAUGAUAAAGACGCCUGGGUAGCUCGAAAUCAGGAGAUGGCUGAGAAAUGGCAUGAUCUAAGCCAGGAUGAGCAGGACGUUUUCAAAGAUCCAUACUUCUUUGCUCUACCUAAUCUUCCAGACUAUUCAACUGCUGUAGUUGGCGAUGAUCAAGGGGGCGAGGGCGACGAUGACGAGAAUGGAAUCAAUACAAACCAGUUCGACGGUACUACUCCUGCUCCGAAAGUCCAUCAGCUCUCAGAGGAAGAAAAAGCCAAAUAUCAGCCCCUCUUUGAAAAGCUGGUCAAUGUGGAAAAGUUGCACCUCUCCCACGGCAAGCCAGAAAAAUCGACUUUGGUUGCGACUUUACAAAAGCGGUCUUUAGUUGCUGUACGUAAAGCACAUCAUGACUUCUCAGUCAUCUGUCAACAGCACCAUAUCUCGUAUUACUUGACUUCCGCAAGCUGCGGUGGAGUUGAUGGAUGGUCUCAAACCUUUUCCAACAACAUCAAGUUCGCUGACUGGGCACUGAAGACUCCGAAAAUACCUUCCAAGUUUACGACCUAUAUCCACAGACAAGAAGUGGCUAAAGAGAUUGAAGCCAUAGUGCCGCAAGCAAGUGACGAGCAAAAAAGCCGACUAACUCACCAACUCAAUGAGAUGUUUGGAGCUCACAUCAAUAAAACUUCGUUUCCAAAGAUGCCUGACCCUAUUGCGCACAUCAAGAAGAGGGGAUGGCCGAUCGAAGUAAUCCAGAAGCCAGGUAGCAAACUUAGUCCGACCGACCUAUUGAAAGGCCAUCGAAAAGCAACCAAUGCAGUCAUUCAAGUUUGGUUAAAAGACAUCGAAGACGGUCUAUUUGUAAUUGAACCUAAACUUAUCAAUGAUGGUGAGGAAGUGAUUGAUAACACUCAAUCAAAUAGAAUAGAAUCUACACAGUCCGAAUCGAAUCAUGUUCAGCAAGGGAGUUCCAAAACAAAAAAGAAACAAAAGUCUUCAGAAAGUCAAGAGACUGCUCGCAAGCAAAACAAUGGGGCAAGUAAAUCUCGUUUGUACCUCAAGAGCUUAGCCGCGGGGAAGAACAAGGGGCCAAAUGAAGACUCGGGUGACUCCAGCACGUUAGAAGAUGAAUCAGGCUCUGAAAGUGAGGAAGAAAGUGACAAUCAGCCUGAUGAUGAUUAG